GUCAUACCUGGAAUCGUGCUCCCCAUUUGCAGGUGAGGAGAAUAGCAAAUUUUGGAAUUGGAGCAUUAACGUUUGCAUCACGAUGACAGAAAAAGAUCUAGAUCAAGGAUGGAGGGAUUUGAGGUACGAUAAAGGAACAAAAGUUGAAUUUCUUCUAGUAGAGACAACUCCAUAGAAGAAGAUUACCGCUGUGAAAAAGAAGCAAAGAAUGGUCGCAGCUGCUAAGAACUCCUGGCCUAGAAGUGCAAUAUCCAUAGGCACCAUAGUUCUUCUUCCGCUUUGUUACGUCUGGUUACCAUGGGAGGACGUCCUGGUGAAUCUAUUCUUGCGAGAGGAUGAUGACCAAGUCGAAGUUAGAACCGGAACGCCUUUGGAAACGGAGACUUCUCCACCUUUUGACCUGAUUCUAGUGCUUGGGACCAGCAUGGAACGUCAAGAAGGAGGUGUGGAGGGAGAAGAUAUAGCGGUACCUACUCCAGAAUUAGCGCAGCGCGCAUUGGCAGGAAUGAGUUUGCUGUUGGUUAAGGCGUGUUGCUGUGGAGGAAAAAAAACGAUCUUCAAGAUCAAGAACUGUUUCUUUGUAUCUCUACUUGAUAAAACGAUCUUAAUUGUAAGGCUUCAGGUAAUCCAUCUCCAGAAGCAUCUUGGGGCCAUCCUCUAAGGGAAAAGCAGACCCUCCAGGAUGAUUUUUAAGGUGUUGGAUUCCAGGAAGCUCUAAUAAUUGAUGCUGAUCAUGAAGAUGGAGUUCCAUUACCAUUUAAUUCUUGCACUUCAUCUACCUGUUCCUGCUGGUUCUAAAUCGUGCGGAAAGUCUAGGCGCAUUUUGUUUUCGGGUGGUAGGGAUUGGCCUGAUCUUGAUUCCGAAGCCGAAGUAAUGUACAAAGUGAUGCAAAGCUUCCUCGAUGACAAAGCCGAUUAUACUGUUUCACCAGAUUUCCGGAAAAUCGGCAGAGUAUACGAAGUAACUACUGGUGGUGCCAAGGGCAAGGAGGACCAGCCUCUGUCUACCUUAAGGCUAGGCUCAUAAUGAUAUUAUCUCAGUGUCAAUAUUUCCUCAACAACUACAGGGGAGGUUUUUCGCUAAGAGAGAAUCCACCCUGACUGAGCAGAAAAGUCGACAGAUUUGCUCAUCUUUGAUAUGCGCCACGAGAAGUAGAUCGAUUAAUUUUUACAGGGACAAAUGAAUUAAAGUCGUGUGAAGAAGGUGGUCUAACUAGAAGCAGGGAUAUGAUGCUGGAUAAUCUGCAAGAGGAUUCUCCAGGCCACUCACAACAAGCUGCUUUCCGCGUCUUCCUCGAAACCGACUCCGUUUCAACGCAAACAAACGCAGAAUAUACACGGGAUUUCAUUCUUGAGGCUCUACAAGCGGAUUUCAUUCUUGAUCUCGAGGAAAGAAAAAGAAGCGGCAAAGGCCGUGGGAGGAAGCGAACGAGCGUAUUGUUAGUCACUUCGGAUUACCAUCAGUUUCGAAGUCGUCGGGUCUUUGAAAAAGUAAUGCAGCAGCGAAAAGGAAAAGCUCCACUUGAGGAGGUGUCAAUACACUUAUGAAGUAGGACGAGCAGAUUGUGUUUGUGUUGGCUAAGUAAAAAUCGAUGAUUCACAAACGACAUAAUUUUUCUGUAUCGUGUAUAUUUAUACUUCGACUUCGAUUCAAACGUAAUUGCACUUUUAGUUGGACUCGUGAACUACGUACAACUAUCGAGUACUAACUUCAAAGAUGACCUUUCAAUCUAUGUCGCUUCGAUGGAUGACGCUUUUCGUGGACUAGCAGAGCUGCAGUACUUGAAGAAGAACAACGAUUCGACACGUCUUACCACGGAUCCGAUCGCUCUUAUCACCAAGGAUUGCCUUGACCAGUUGCAGGCUGCAUAUUUACGACAGACACGGAAAGCGAAAGUAGGUCGAGAUGGAGUCAUACUAGUACUCAGAUAAGAUAUUCGAAUUCCUGAUCUUGAUGAUAUUCCCAGAAGAUUCUUGUUGAGUACUUGACGAGUACUUUCUUGUACGAGUACCAAAGAACUUUUCCUCUUUUGGUAGGUAGCACUUUCAUACUCCUCGACAUAUCUGUGCUAGUACUUUCAUACCUCUCGACGUAUACUGGUUGGCUGUUGAACAAGGCAUUCGGGCUGGGUCGCGUUCGCCGCAAGUACAUGGUCUUGCGGGAAUUUUUGGCUGUCUAUUCUUACUGGUCGAAAGGGAGAGUCUGACAUUUUUGUGUGGCCGUCUAUUCUUCUUCAUUGGUCAAAAAACGUUUCACUACACUUUUGACCGGCGUCUCUUCGUCUUUAUUGGUCACAAGGGACGAGUAGAAUCUGAAUUGCCGUCAGAUCUGUUGCUUCUCUCAGACUAAGUGGCUUCUCUCAGACUACGUGGUCGGACAGGUGUGGUUGUCGCAGAGACUCUCAACUGGAAGUCGACUCUCCUCUAACAAUAUCUUUCGACGUUCUCGUUACGAUACAUUUGUGUUUCAAUCUUGUUCGCUUCUAUCAUGAUACUUACUCGUACUGCUUGACAAGAACAGCACUAGUUCUCGUAGCAUACAACUACUACGCAAAAUGUUGAUGUCCUUUUCGAACUUGAGCAUGGCCUAGCAAUCCUGGCUCAGGACUGUGCGGUCUCCUUUAUUUUAGUUCCCUGAUGAUGUCUGUUUCUGUGUCUGAAGUUCAUGAUCAUCC